AGCACUGCAGCAGUUCAGCAGCUGAUGACAAACUAAUCGUUGUUCAGUGAGCUGGACCAGGGUUCAGAAACAAUGACACUUUUCUACUGUAAAUGCCAACAGCUAAAACAGCAUCAGAUGAGGCGUAAACUUUAGUUUCAUCCUGGAGGAACCGAGAGCUUUCAGCCUCCGAGGAACAUCCUGUCAGAUGCAAAAAAACUCUUAUAAGUUUAAAAACCACAUGAGGGAGAGUAAAUGAUGAGGUAAAAUGAAGUGUUUGCUGGUGGCCAAUGAGAGUGCAGAGGUUCUGUUCUACUGGACGGACAGCGAGUUUGAGCAGCGGCUUCAGGAGCAGUAUGGAGUCUCCCAGGAGGAAGGAGAAGGACUGCCUGCCUUUGAAGACAGCAUUAACACUCUCUUCGCACCCAUCAUCAUCUCCUGUAGCACCAUGGUGGACCGACUCGGGGACAAUUACACCUCCUUCAGCACAGAGAACAAUCACAUCUAUGUUCUGCAUCAGUUUGAUGAGUGCCUGUACAUCGCUGUGAACGGAGACGGAGAGGAGACCGAAGAGGAUUUGAAGAGAAAGAUCUAUGUGAUGAAGAAACUUACAGAAAUCCUGUUUGGGAUGGUGACGCUCAGCGGCCCCCUCUUGAGGAAAGAACUGCGCCCUCAAGACACAGAGCAGAGGAACCGGUUGUGGAAAAAACUGCGAAGCCUGUUGGAGACAUACAGCCGAUUACGUGAAAAUGACCAAAGCUUUUUAGUGGAGGCAGUGGAGAGGCUGAUCCACCCGACCCUUUGUGAGCAGUGCAUUGAGUUUCUGGAGCGUCGACUGGUGCAGCAGAUCAACAGCAGCAUGGACCGAGCCGGCGAGGAGGUGCUGCACGCAUUCAUACUGGUGCACACCAAACAACUGGCCUUCUACUCCAGUCGUAAUGCCAGCAGUCUGAACCCCUCUGAUCUCCUGGCUCUGAUCAUCCUGGUGCAAGAUCUUUAUCCCAGCAAAAUCGACCUGGAUGACACUCCUGAGGAGCUGGAGAGCAGUACAGUUCCUGAUGUUUUCUACACACCAGAGCCCUCUCCUCCCGAGCGAGAAUCAGUCACACCAAGAAAGGACAGUCCUCCUGUCUUCCAGUUUGUAGAUCCUGAUAUUCAGAUGGCCGAGGACAGUCUGCAAACUCUUGAAGUUUCAACCCCUGACCCUUCAUCCCCAACCAGGGUGUUUCUGGAAGCCAAAGAGUGUCCCAUGAUGCCUCACUCCAUGUAUUGCUUGUCUCUCUGGCCCGGAAUCACACUGGUGCUGCUCACCAAGAUCCCCAACAGUCAUAUGGCGGUGUCUGUUUACUACUUUCUGGAGGCUUUCGUCAAGCUGGAGAAGAGGUUAUGUGAGGGCCAUGAAGGGGCUUCAGCCAUGCGGGGUCAAUCCUCUGUCCAGGAGCAGCGGAGCAAACUGGAGAAGUUCAUCAAAGCCUGGUCCAGCAUGGAGAUUCAGACUUUGCAACUCCAAAAUGCCUGGACAGACUUUAAAAACAAGGCCUUCAGCAGAUCUGGAACUGGAUUCACUAGAGAUUUGCUGCCGUCUUGUCGAAACAUGAAGACUCAGCUGUGUGGUGUGUACAGGCAGUUUUUCGCAGCUGAAUGUAUGGGCACCAGUCAGCGGUUGGCUCCUCAUCUGCAAGAACGGGCUCUGAACAUGGUCCAAGAGAAGCUGAUGGACUGGAAGGAUUUUCUUCUUGUUAAAAGCAAAAGAAACAUCACGAUGGUGUCAUACCUGGAAGAGUUUCCUGGUCUCAUCCACUUCAUCUACGUGGAUCGCUCAAGUGGUCAAAUGAUCGCACCCUCUCUAAAUGUGACUGAUCGCACCGUCUCUGAGCUCGGAAAGGGCCCUCUAGCUGACUUCAUAAAGAAAAAGGUUUGGAGUCUUGUAGCAACAGCACGGCGGUACCUGCACAAGGGUUAUGCUACCGUCACACUUCGAGAUGGGGAUUACUUCUACUGUUACUUCCUGUGGUUUGAGAAUGAAACGGGCUACAAACUGGAAGUAACAGACAUACCCAGUUGUCCAGAUGACACCGCUCCAAUUGGAAUGCUCACAUUUGAUUAUUAUAGGAAACUGCUGCGGUACUACAGCAAAAGACAUCAGAAUGAAGUGGUGAAGUGUUAUGAACUGCUGACUGUUCACCUGGGCGUGAUCCCUAAUGAAUACAUUUUCCAGCACUGCAGCCAACUGGCCCGCAAGCUGUGGGAGCCAACCCGCAUCCCACUCCUGUGACAAUCCACAUACACACACACUCUUUAUAUCAUUUUAUUCUGUAGCUGCAUGAUCUAUAAUCUAGAUGGAGACUUUUCUGCACUUUCUGCACCAGCACUUCUUAUUUCAGGUCCGGCAACUCACUGUAGAAAACACUGUGGCGGGGAAAUGAAACACUGCAUUUUUUGUGCUAAAAACAAACUGAAUGUAAUGUGCAAAUGAACAAGAAGAAACAACUAUUUUGUGGUACUUAUCAUGCAAAAACAUGUCUGUUAUUAUUAUCUAAUGCUUUUUGUGAUACCAGGACCAAAUGUUAUAGGAAAGACUCUUUAAAAUGCAAUGAAAAGUUGCAUAAGCUGAACUUCUAGUUCUUUAAGCAAAUCAUUUACAUUAUUUAAAACAUUUAUUGUAAUCAAUGACCACAUAUGUAGUAAGUAAAUGACAAAAAGGGGCAAAGGUUCACUCCAAAAUGAACAUUUUGAUGCUAAUUUUCUCUGCCUCCGGCCAUCCAAGAUAUGGUGGCUUUUUUUCUUCAGUGGAACACAGAAUUUCAAAUGACCAGAAAACAUUGAUAGGCCUACAGGCAAAGUAUGAUGCCUGAUGAUUUAUUUGAGGUGAUACAAAGUGAAUUGAUCUAUGCAUUAACAUUGUUUGAACAUUGACAACAUUGUUUUUUAAUCCACCGUCUGGUAAAUGGUUUUGAGCGUUUCCCUGUUCGCGAAUGAAUCUUUAUUUUGAACGGCUCUUUUUAGAGAACUGGUGAAUCAGUUCACCAAAUCAACUGAAUCAUCUGAAACAGUUCGUCUCUUGAGGCAGCACUUUUAAAAUUUCUAAGACAGUCAUUCGUUCUUUCUUGAAGUGAGUCAAUUUACUGUUGUUUAUCAAUCACAAAUCAUAAAUGACUAAUCGCAUUAUGAAUGUAUGAUGCCAUGUUUGCAAACUUGUUCAGUGCUUCAGCUACCUGCAUGACUGUUCCGAAGAAAUUGUAAGCCGCAAUUUCUUUGAGUUUUUUUAAUUCAUUUUUAUGUCAAAAAAGGUGAGUUGUUAAAGACUGUAUUUACUUAAAAUGCUUUAGACAUGUAUAACUUCCCUGUUUAUUCAUUUCAUUUCAUUCAUUCAUUUUCAUCUGCUUUUUUUCGGGCCGGGUUGCGGGGGUAGCAGUCUUAGGAGAGAACCCCAGACUUCCCUCUCCCCAUACACUUUCUCCAGCUCUUCUGGUGGGAUCCCGAGAUGUUCCCAGGCCA